GUUGAUUGCACCACACACAAUAGAUUAAUCAUGCAUGCCUAGAUAUUUUGGCCACCAGUUCUUACACAGGGGGAGAGAGGACUGCUUGUCUCUGUGUUUCCUCUCAGCUAUGGGCUCUUCAGCAAGAUGGGUGCUCGUGACCCUGUGUGUGUGUUUCACCGCUCUGGAGAAUCUGGCACUCAGGGUAACCAUGAGGGAAUCCAGUCUAAAGGUGGUUCAAGGGGAUGUUGUUGUGCUGCCUUGCUCCUUCUUCACCUCCAGCCCCCUCUCCAGACUCAACGUUAUCUGGACUCUGGCACCCUUCUCCAGUCCAGAAAUCCCAAUACAGGUGAUUGUAUAUGACCAUGGACAGGUGAUUGAAGACCCUUCACUCAUUGGCAGGGUGGGUUUUACAGGUAUUCCCUGGAGUGCAGAUAUUGUCCUAAAUGACACACGUUUAACAGAUGCUGGAAUUUACCGCUGCAUGGUAAAUAAUCCACCAGAGACAGCAGAUCCCGGCAUAGGAGAGCUGGAGCUUAGUAUUCUGGCUCCACCAUCUCUGCCCCUGUGCCAGUGGGAUGGAGAUAUUGAUAUGGGAGGAAGUGUCACACUGUCCUGCUCGGUGGUGGAAGGCGUCCCCACUCCAGAGAUCCGCUGGGAUAAAAUGAAUCCAGAGGAAAUCACACUUCCCAUCAACAUGGAGGGAGAUCUCUCAGGCUCCAUCCAAAUUGUUAAUGUUACAUCUCAGACAUCCGGCCUGUAUCGCUGCUCCGCCACUAACCUCCUGGGAACAGCAAACUGCUACGUCAACCUCUCCAUCUACGCCACGCCAGACAGUUCUUCAGGCAUGCUGCAGGGUGUACUGCUCACCUUGUCCAUGAGCUUGGUGUUACUGGCGCUGCUGGUGCUCGUGCUGUGGCUCCAUCGCACAGGACAGGACGGGGGGUGGAGGGGAGGGAAAGAAGAGGAGUGUUAUAAUGAGAUACGGUAUACUCCGUCUCUAAUGAAGCGCUCGUUUGUUUGAUUUCUCAACAUCCACAGGAAUUA